AUGCCCUCAUCCAGAGCGCCCCGAGGGCCCUCCAAGAGCUGUGGGAACUGCCGACUGGUCAAGCGACGCCGUCCCCAUUGCGGCCAGUGCAUCCGCAUGCACGAAGAAUGUCCGGGGUAUCGCGAUGAAUGGGAGUUGGUCUUCCGCGAUCAAACCAGUCAUACCAUUAAGCGUUCGCAAGAGAAGGAUGCCAAGCGCAACCGCAAGUCAACAUCUCCGCCUAUCCGGCCACCAACCCCGGAACUCAAUGAAGUCGGCGUCAACUAUUUCUUGUGCAGCUUCGUCAAUGGUGGUGGCCAGUCCUCGCGGGGAUAUCUGAAUUACAUUCCCUCAGUCUACUUUGCUGAGGGGGAGCACCCGAUCCUGACUACCAGUAUGGCGGCCGUAGGCCUGGUGGCCUUGGCUAAUUCAACGCGGCAGCCUUGGUUGGCCGUCCGGGCGCGCGCCAAGUACGCCGAUGCCAUUAGCAGGGUGAACGCAGCCUUGGCGUCGCCGGUCGAAUCUGUGAAGGACAGUACCUUGAUGGCGGUGAUCUCUUUGGGGGUCUUUGAACACCUAUCCGAGCACAAAUCGUGGGUGCGACAUGUGAGGGGCGCGGUCGCCGUGGUAGCGGCUCGAGGAAAGAAACAAUUCUCCAGUCCCUCAUCCCUAUUGAUGUUUAACCAAGUCCGUGCCGAUAUGAUUAUUGCGUCUAUCAACUUUUGGCUACCGUUCCCGAAGGAGAUCUUGGAGCUGCAAGAAGAGGCCGCUAAGUACAUGAAUACCUCUGGUGCAUUCUGGCAGCUGGGUGUUUUGGGUGCUCGGUGCAUAGACAUCCUCGGACGUGUGCGGACAAAUACGGUGAAUAAAGACUGGGAGUUCCUUGAGGAAGCAAUAGUGCUUGAACGUGAAUAUAUUAACGUCUUGGACGCCCUAGCCAUGCAGGAGCCCUAUUACACGACGAUUUUGACGUCUGUUGUAAACCCAGAAGUUGUCUAUAACAACAGAGCGGACCGCUAUAACGACUUUUGGUCGAUCAGAGUCUGGAACAACGGGAGAUGUUGCUACAUGAUUGUCGCCGAAAUUAAGUACCAUUAUCUACUUCAGAUCCUCCGCUCGGACCUGGCCCCGCCAGUUCGGCAAAAGAUACAGCUCAAGUUCCAGGAAACAGUACAGGCCCUGAGAAAGACAAGUCACGACAUCCUCGCCACCGUCCCGCAGGCUUUGGAAUUCCUUUCUACGGGAUCUGAGAUGCACCCUUCCGUCGAUCUUUCCUUCCGCGGCAAGCCCAAUGUGUCAGGUGGCUAUAUCUUGGCUUGGGGCUUGUACAUGGCAGGUAAAUGCUUGGUCAUUCAGGAUGACACCCGACAAUGGGUUGUCCAAUGUCUUCAGUAUAUUGGAAAUAACAUGGGGGUCUUACUAGCCCUAGAAAUCGCUGAAAAUAUCGAAAAGGGGCCCGGAUGGGGCCGAUGA